AUGUCUCACAAACUAACGGUUCUCCCAUAUCUGAUCAAAUUUACACCAAAGGCCUGUAACACUCUGAAUGCGCCUCCAACUUCUCUGAACAUUUAUGCCUUUGAUCUUGAUCACACAUUGAUAGAGCCUUUGACGCCAGGCUCUAAAUUCAGUAGAGCAGCUGACGAUUGGAAAUUCAUGAGUUUCACACCAGGUAAGAGCACUUUCCAGAAACUAAUAGAGAUAGUCCGUGAAGACCCUUUAGCUCAAAUUGUCAUAUUCUCUAACCAGGGCGGCGUGGUUGCAGUACCUCCAAGCUCGAAGAGUUGCACAAAGUAUACAGAAAAGAUUAAGCUGAUAUUGAGGAAGUUAUCGGAAUCAACAGAUGGUGACAAGCUGUCAGAAAGAUUAUGGGUAUAUGCUUCACCAAAGAGGCCGGCAUCUAUGUCUUUAGGUAAAUCUAAACCUAAAUCCAAGCAACCAAUGAUAACAAAGUAUACUAAGUCUACAAAGCUUACAUUUGAUAUUGAUAAAAUCACAAAUGACAUUGAUGUUAAGCAGUAUGAGUUAUUCGAUGUGAUGAGAAAACCUGAAAUUGGUAUGAAGGAUCAGUUCGAGCAGGAUCUCAAAAGUCAUUUUGAAGUGUUGCCUGAUGUUACAUGGUGUUAUUACUGCGGAGACGCAGCCGGUAGACCCAAGGAUUUCAGUGAUUCAGAUAAGGAAUUUGCACAUAAGCUGGGUAUAUCUUUCAAGACUCCUGAAGAGCUUUUCACCUAA